AUGUGGAGUGUAUUGCUAGUUGAUGGAGCGGUGGAGGGGUUUGAUAGAGCUCCUCAGUGCUCCGCUAGAAGCAAGUUUGAUGCGAAUAGGUCGGGCCAUGGCGGCUGGACCCUCCCCUCCUCGGAUCUCUCCGAACAAGACACCCUGAUUGGAGAACAAGUCGCGGGAAGGGUGUUGACCGCAAUGGACCCGAGGGUAUUGAUACGUGCCUUCGCGUGUAGAGAACAAGAUGAGAUUAUUAUGGGCGGCAUAACAAGGCUAGCAUUCGACAGGCACGCUCCUCCUCGUCAGCUAGCCAUCAUGCAUAACCCCCACCACAACGACUACUUUACGAGUACUUCGUCAUCAACCACCACCCAAAAUAGGAAACCGUUGUGGUGUCAUAACAAAGCAGACCCUCUCGAUCAUCAAGGCGAGUCGACUCUCACACACCGGCCUAUCCCCUGCAUAACCAACUGCCAUCAACCAACCAAUGCAUUGCUACGAUUGGUUUUGGUUUGGGGAUUAUGCACGUCAAGUCGCACUCGCUUCAAACCGAUCACGGAAUGCACGAUGCAGGUGUUAGACCGCGUUCCUAGUAGAACGGGUUAUAUGAGAAAAAGAACGUUCGCUACACGGGAAGAAAAGUGGUUUACCGAAUAUAUCGAGAUCCUGCGGGAUUUGUUGUUUUUCGGGACUAGUGGAGGGAUUAUGGUGCAUCCAUUCGAUAUGUCGUCGGUAACGUUGCUCUUGGUGUCUCCCAGAGGGCCAAUUAGGCCCAUUGGAUUGUGCUCCAGAUACCUCUCGCAACGUUUCUGCUCGCUCGUUUCCGCUGGGAUGCUACGACCAGCCCGGCACUCGAGACUGGAGUGUCUUGACGCCUUGACAUGGUUUACUCCCCAGCGAUUAUCGUACCUAUGGGUCCAAGUUGGUGCUAGAGCUCACUCAUACUUGGACCCUGAUGGAAAUCUGCUGCGGGUCACACCCAAAGCAUCUACCUAUAUGCGCAGGACAUAUGUAAUGGAGGUACAUCUACGGCUCGGCAAUUCCUACUCGUCGUCUUGUCAACUCUUCGUACUGCCGUUCAAGAAGAAAGACGGAUUCACUCUCAUUCCGAGCGUCAUGCAUGUUAUUGCUGAUGCUUUAGCAGCCGUGUGUAGAGGUCGAACUGUCUACAACCCGCAUUCAACUCCAAGCCUUUCACGAUACCAGCCACAAGUCUAUCACACGACAGGGUACAGUUCGGUAUCUGACAUUUUCUGUUCUAUUCGAACGGCGUGGCAUCUAUCCUAG